AUGUACAAGCUUUAUCAGAAGUUGAAGCUUUUGAGAGAUGAGUUGAGAAGAAUUAACAAGACCUUCUACAGUGACAUCUCCUUGAAGAUUGAGAGAAUUAAAGAGGAGCUAGACAUAUUACAAAUGAGUCUGACUAAGGAUCCUUUCAAUCUUUCUUUACAAGAUGAAAAGAGAACUUACAGCUCUCAUUUAUGCAAGUUACUUAAGUGGGAUGAGAGUAUCAAGAGCCAAAAAUCUAGAAUGCUCUGGAUAAAUUUGGGGGAUCAAAACUCAAAUUUUUUUCAUAAGAGUAUAAAGCAGAGACAAGCCAGGAAUAGAAUCAUUAUGAUAAGUAAUUCUAAUGGUAAUGUUACUAACCCUGAUGGUAUUAAAGAGAUUUUUCUGAAUCACUAUAAGCAGUUUAUUGGUUCAACUUGUCCUGAUGGUUAUUCAAGUGCCUUUUUCAAGAAAAACUGGAGUAUAGUUGGGAGAGAAAUUUGCAAUGCAGUGAGGGAGUUUUUUCAAACUGGAAAAUUGCUUAAGCAGGUAAAUUCUACCUCUAUUGCUCUUAUUCCUAAAGUUAUGAAUCCUAAAUGUGUAGGUGACUACAGGCCUACAGGUUGCUGUAAUGUCACUUAUAAAAUCAUCUCAAAAAUUCUGUCUAGUAGACUUAGUAAAGUGCUUAACCUUGUGGUGAAUGAGAGUCAAUCUGCUUUUGUUAAGGGUAGAAAUAUUACUGAUAAUGUCCUUUUGGCUCAUGAAAUCAUUAGGAAUUAUCAUAGGGGGAAGGGUAAUUCCUGCUCUAUUAAAGUUGACAUUCAAAAAGCUUAUGAUUCCAUACUUGGGAUUUCAUUGAAGAAGUGUUUAUAG